GGGCACAGAUAACAAACAAUCGCUCGCAGAAGCUUGGAGAAGAAUGAAGAUGAGCAGGCAGCACCGCAGUCGGCAGCAAUGGUUUUGACGGAGCGGAGUCUUGCAACUGGGGAGACAUAUACAUACUCUUUCAGAAAAGUUCUUUGAAACGCUUGAUGCUUUUGCCGAUGGAUCAAAGGCAAAGGCUUGAAGUAAGAACUUACAAAAGGGAGAUUCCUCCUAAUCACUUCAUGUUCCAUAUACUCUCCUUCUCUUUACUCUCUGAGGCAGGGAUGGAAAGAUGCGAAACUGAUGAUUUUGAAGUUGGGGGCUACAAAUGGUGCUUGGCAUUCUAUCCAAAUGGUAAUAAAGAUGAGGAUGCAGAUGGCUAUAUCUCCCUGUAUUUGGUAAUCAAAGAGACAGAAAAGCUUCCAGUUGGUUGGAAUGUCGAUGCCAGUUUCAAAUUCUUGGUGUUUGAUCAUAUUCAACACGAGUUCUUGACAAUUGAAGGUGUUGAUGGUACUUACAAGCGAUUUGAUGCGACAAAGACUGAAUGGGGAUUCUCUCAAGCACUCUCCCUAGAGACUUUGAAGAAGGAAUCUAAUGGAUAUAUGGAGGAUGAUAUGUGCAUAUUUGGGGCAGAGGUUUUCAUUGUCCAAUUUUGUUUCAAAAUGGAGAGUCUUAAAAUGAUGAAGUACACUCAUAACAAUGUCAUGACUUGGAAGAUAAAAGAUUUUUCAAAGUUAAAUGAGAUGUAUUAUAACUCUGAAGUGUUCGAUCUUGAAGAAUCAGAAUGGAUGAUUACGCUCUUUCCAAAAGGUAAUGGGCUUGCAAAGGGUAAGUUCCUUUCCCUCUACCUAAUGUUGGAAGAGUCUGAAAACCUUCUUCCUGGCCGGAAGCAAUUUGUCCAAUUCAAGCUGCGUGUGAGGAACCAAAUUCAAGAUUCUGCUCAUGCUGAAAUGACUAGUAGAGCUUGGCUAACCUCAGGCGGGACCUGUGGUUUUGAGGAUUUUUUAUCCCUGGAAGAUCUCGAGAACCCUUUUAAAGGCUAUAUUAAGAAUGAUUGCUUGACAGUUGAAGCAGAAAUACUUCACAUGUCGGAAUCUGGGAGUACCACUUUUAGUGAAUCAAGAAUAUGUCAUGUCUGUAAGAGCAGAAGGUGUUCAUAGACAAGGGUUAGCAAUUUUUGGUGUUUGUUUCUGUGACAACUUGAUGAUAUCUGUAAUAAUCCCUACGUAUUGUUCGAAUCCUAUGGUUUCGCUACCUUUUCUGUUUGCGGCACUUUGUACUAGUUGAAGCUUUACAGAUACAAGAGAUUCUAAGUUUCUAAAUGAAAAAAAGUGUGAUAAUGCGGAGAAUGAGGAAGAGACUGGGAACUAACUGGGGAGAAGGACUUGGCUUAGUAGAAAAGAUGUUUGCUAGUCUAGUAUGCUGAUACACUCCCUGUGGAGCAAGAUUGGAUUUUUGUUUCCUUCC